AUGCAUUUUUCCCCAGCCGUGGACUGCUGCAGGAAGGUGGUGAUCGCUCAGCAAGCCAGCGAACUGUCGGGCAGAAAAGCUCCGACACAGGAAGAAAAAGCAGCUUCCAAACUUGAGAGCCUCUUCAACCACGUCCAGCGGCAGGUCCAGGCAACACUCCCGGUAGUGCCAAGCAGACUGCAGCCACUGCACUCUGCCAUCGGUGGAGCAAGGCUGGCAAUACUUCUACGGUGGACAAGGACGCAGUGCACAGUGUGCCAUCUAGUAGGGCACUUGGAGCAAGUCAACGACGUCAGCUGGUUGCUGGACUUCGAAAUCACCGAAGUCAUGCCAGGCAAGCAUGCCAUAGGCAGUGUCGGAGAGUCCGAGUUUCUGAAGACCUACCAGAACGAUGUGGUAUUCGCAUACGCGGCCAUGACCUUGCUGCUUCUCCUGCACACACACAGCUGCAUCGAGCGUUUUGAGGUCGUCGACCUGUUCGCUGCCGAGACUGAAUUUGAACGGAUGCUGUGUGCGAACAUCGGAGCGAGCGAUUCGCUAACCGGCCUUCGCAUGAGCCGAUGCGAACUUGGCGAAUCUGCUUCACACAUGCUCGGGGAAGCUCUCGGUCAUUUGCUGGCGCUCUCUGGUGAGAAGGAGGUGUGGAUGCAUCCUCUUGCAGAAGGCGUGGCCAAAGCGCAGAAUCUUGCCAAGAUCAGGAUCACCGAUCUCUAUAUAAACAUUGACUACGGGAAGUCGAGGCUGGACACCGGGAGAGCACUGCUAGGAGCCCUGGAAGCCAACGCGGCCAUCGCCUGUCUCAGCGUAGACUGCAGUUUGGUCUCACUCGAACCUGGCCCUCCCUUCAAGGAAUGGCUGGCUCAGGCUUCGGCGCUGAAGGAGCUGAGCCUAUGCUGCAGCCAGUGCAGGCAUAGACACGAGGCGAGCCUCGUAUUCGAGUCACUGCCGGUGACCACUGGAAUCGCCCGCUUGGACUUUAAGGUUCAACUGUUAAGGUUUCACUAG